GUGCACCCAUCUGGCGUGGUAGUGGAAACCUCUUACUGUUCACUCUAUCUCUCUCUCUCUCUCUCUCUACUAAAAUAAUAUUCACUGCGAAACGAUUGAGGGGCAGGGAGAGAGGCCCCUUUCGCCAUGUUGUCGAAGGUAGCAAGAAACGCCGGAAAACACCUUGCCGGGUUCCGCCAAAUUCUCCGGCAGCCUUUUCAGGUUAACUUGCAGGCUCGCUCCUUCUCCACAGCCUUGAACUAUCACCUUGAUUCACCAGACAACAAGCCCGAUAUGCCAUGGGAUUUCACAGAUGCAAACAAGGAGAGGGUUAAGGAGCUUUUGUCUCACUACCCAUCCAACUACAAGCAAUCAGCUGUCAUUCCCCUGUUGGAUCUUGCACAACAGCAACAUGGAGGCUGGAUCCCAGUAUCUGCCAUGAAUACAAUAGCUAAGAUCAUAGAAGUUGCUCCAAUUCGUGUGUAUGAAGUGGCAACAUUUUAUUCUAUGUUCAACCGAAUGAAGGUUGGCAAAUAUCACCUUCAAGUUUGUGGCACAACUCCUUGUAUGAUACGUGGUUCACGUGAAAUAGAAGAGGCCUUGCUCAAACACCUUGGAGUGAAACGCAAUGAAGUGACAAAAGAUGGUUUAUUCUCCGUUGGGGAAAUGGAGUGCAUGGGUUCCUGUGUCAAUGCUCCAAUGAUUGCUGUGGCUGAUUACUCAAAGGGCUCAGAGGGAUACACGUACAAUUACUAUGAAGACCUUACUCCAAAGCGAGUUAUUGAGAUUGUAGAAAUGCUGAGAAGAGGAGAAAUCCCUCCUGUUGGAACCCAAAACCCUGAUCGCAUAAGGAGCGGUCCACAAGGGGGAAAUACCACUUUGCUACGAGAGCCGAAGCCACCUCCGUGCCGGGAUCUGGAUGCCUGUUAAUUUGGCUCCAUUCAAAUCUCCAAUAAUGUGAAAGCUGUUCUUGAGUUUCUCAUAUUAUGUUUUUACUUUUGAUUUUUUGAGGCCAUGAAUGACGACGCCUGUUGUUUCAAUAACAUAUUGCUUUUGUUGUCUAUUGGUAACUGUUGUUUUUCUUUGUAUUUAGGAGAUUGGCUUUUCUAUGAAUUAUGUAUUGGCUCCAAAGUUGUCAUGCAUCUUCAGAAAUGUGAUUCAGAGCCGGUUUACAGUUCCAA